AUGAGUAGACCCAGCCCCCAAGUCUGGACAUGCUCCCGCUGUGUGCUUCGAGCCCAGCGGUUGCGGGGCGGUCUCCCGAAAAUCCCCAGUACCGAGCCCUGGGCAGUCAGACCUUCUGGACGUUCUUUCAGCAGCAAACUUCACCUCCAGGACGAGAAGCCUUCGGGACCAAAUACUGCACAGACUGCGGCCCAGGAUGAGCAGACUCAGGGCGCCAUGUCGCGGCGACUGGCGGAAAUGGCCGAGGAGACAAUAGACACUGGGAGCAAAAGUGACCGCAAGCUGAUGCAAGAUGCCGGCUUUUCAGAAGAUUUAAAGGCGCAGUUAGAACAAAGGAUUGCUCAGACCAGUUUCGAUGCUCAAAAUCAGAGAGCUGCAAGCCAAGUCAACCUUCCAAGUGCAGCAGGAAAAGGCACACGCGACAUCGCCGGCGCACAGCCCUGGACAGGGUCCGAAAGCCUCCACGACUCCGCUCUCCGUAUGCUCGACGACUCCCACAAGAGACUACGUACACCGAGCCGUCCGCCCUCUCUGGGGGCGAAGGUCAACCUCCGCCCUGCGCCGAAACCGAAACUCUCUGCCGCCGAUCGACUCGCAAAUGCCCGCGACCGGACGUCACGAUAUGCGAUAAGCCAGCAGGAGGACUUGUCCGAGGAAGAGCGGGAGAAGUACCGCAAGGAACUCAAGGAACGCUUCUCGCCGGGUGCCAGACCUAUGCCGACGUCACUACAGGGCCUGACGAGUCUGGCCAACGAGCGGAUCGAAGACGCGAUUGCCCGGGGCCAGUUCAAGAACAUUUCGCGCGGCAAAGGGAUCAACGUCGAAAGGGAUUAUACCGCAAACAGCCCCUUCCUGGAUACGACCGAGUAUUUCAUGAACAAGAUCAUACAAAAGCAAGAGAUUGUGCCACCGUGGAUAGAGAAGCAGCAGGAACUCGUCAAGGCCGUCGCGAGUUUCCGCGGACGCUUGCGCAAUGACUGGCGUAGACAUGCGGCCAGGGUGAUUUCGAGUUCCGGUGGCAGUGUCCAGGAUCAGGUGCGCAGGGCCAAGGCGUACGCGCUGGCGGAGGAGAUGGUCAAUCCGAGGAUCCGCAAGGUCGAGAAUUUGACCUCGAUAGCCGCCGAUGGCACUUUGACCAGUGUCACGGUCGAAGAGCGCAUUGCCGCUGGUGUUGCUGGGGAGGGCGGGCGUGGGCGUGAACCUGACGCCGCCACGCCUGCGUCUGCAGAAGAACAUGCGCAGGACGUCGUGCAGAUCCAAGUGACGGAGCAACCCGCGGAGAAUGUAUCUCCUGCUCCUGCUCCUGCUGCGGCGGCGGCGACGGCGACGGACACCGUAGUCGCCACCACCACCACCACCACCAGGCCCCUCGAACCAGUUGAUCAAUCACCAUCUCGACCUCAAUUUGACGAGCGGCCCGUCGAACGGCCCAUCCGCGCGGCGGCGUACCCCUUCCGCGACCCAUCAUGGGAGAAAGCCGAACUAGCCUACCACACGCUCGCCGUGCAACAACUCAACGCGCUCACACGCUCCUACAACCUCAUGGCCCCCAAAGUCGCGCAGAAACCCUACUACACGCUCGCGCGCGAACUGAACCGCUGCUUCGCCGACGUGGCGCCCCUCUUGGCCGACGAGAUCCUCGAGCGCAGCAGGAAACCCGUCGUCAGGAUCAGUGUCAUGCCGCACCGCGAGGGCGGCGUGUUGGAGCGCUUCGGUGCCGGUGCCGGCCACCAGGGCCGGAUCAGGGAGGAGGUCCAGGGCAAAGAGUAUGGGUUUAGACAGUUCUGGAAAGAUUUGUUUGGGGCUGGCGGAAAGAAGGGAAGACAGAUGGCGUGA